GUCCCCUUUAAAGAAACCACAGUUGGCAGCUGCAGUCUGACUGCAAGAGGAUUUCAUGAUGCUCGCUCAGUAUGAAAGAAGCUCCUCAGAGGAGGGACAGCAGAGCAUCCAUAAGCCGUCUACCUCGUUCCCAUUCCCAUUCCCAUCUCCAUUCCCAAUCCAUUCAGUCUGUGUGUGUGAGUGAGAAGGAGUGUGUGUGUGUUUGAGAGAGACAGACGGAGAGUCAUCGCAGGCCUUUACCAUGAAGUGCUGCGUGCUGUUGUCGAUGCUGUUGGCGUUGGGGUGUGUGCAUGUCUACGGUGCACCGGUGGAGCAGGAUGGCAUGGAGCAGGGGUCGUGUACGGAUGCCCAAGCAUUGGGUGCAGCAGGCCAGGCUAUGACCAAGAUCAACCAGGACAGGCAUGAGGGCUACAUCUUCGCCCUGCACCGCCUGUCCAACGUCCACACGACAAAACACGGAGAGACUGGCGUGGUUUUCUACCUGACCAUGGAUGUUGUGGAGACAAACUGUAGCGUUCUCAGCAAGAAGGCCUGGAAGGAGUGUGAGGCUCGUCCUGACUCCGACACACCGGUAUAUGGACAGUGCAAAGCUGCCAUCUACAUGAAUAGGGUGCACAGAGUGGUGCGUCUCUACAAGUACAGCUGUGCUGUCAGACCAGUUCCUGCAGCCAGAGUGUCUGAGAUUUGUCCUGACUGUUCGUCUCAUAUCGCCUUGGACAACGAAGAGGUUCAGAAGACCGUGUCUAGCUCCCUGGAGAAGUUCAACAAGGAAAGCGGGCUGGCCAAUUACUUUGCUGUGCUAAAUGUCACCCGUGCUACUUCAGGGUGGGGAGUAGCGGCGUAUUACCACGUAGAGUACACCAUCCAGGAGACGACCUGCACCAAGAGCACAGAUGCAGCUGCAGCUGAUAAGUGUCCCGUCAUGGAGUGCGAGUUCGCUCACAAGGGCUUCUGUAAGGCCUCCAGCUACGAGUCUCCAGCCGGUGAUAGUCAGAUCAGUGUAGACUGUGAGCUCUAUGAGCCUGAGGCUGCUGAGAGAGAGAAGAAACUUCACCUUCUGGGUGGAGAGACUGACCACAGCCACAGCGACACAGAGUCACACACCCACGACCACGAUGGCGCACACGCCGCCGACGCAACACACACACACGACCAUGUCCACGACCACACCAAGAGCCACUCUCAUCACGAUCAAACCCACAAGCACGCUGAGGGCAGCGACCACCACCACUCUCACGACCACGACGCAGGCAGCCCCCACAAGCACGCUCAUGACCACUCCCACGACCACGGGCACGGCCACGACCACGUGCACGCUCACCACGCCAAGGCACACGACCACAGCGGCGACUCACCCAACCAUCACCACGACUACAAGCACGCAGAUGGCGUGCACACCCACGAGCACGACCACGAGCUCGCUCUGGACCACGACCACAAGCACGCUCACUUGCACGAGCAUGAGCACCACCACCAUCACCAUGAGCACGAGCAUGAGACCUCAGCCCACGACCACCCAGAGGGCACUGUGAGGGUGCUGCCCGCCUUGGGCCAGCCCACCACCCUGCCUUCCUUCCCUGACACACCCGCAGGUGGCCAGGGGGUAGCAGUCACCCUGCCCCUCAAGCCCGACCCCCAGAUCCCCGGAGAGCACGAACCCACCGUUCUGCCCUUCCCCAGCUCAGUCUCGGCCGAGUGCCCCCCCAAGGCCGCAGCGGAGGGCAGCACCCUGGUGGACAAACUCUUCGCUGAGGACCCCGAGUUCAAAUCAGCUGCGUAAGAUGGCCCACGAACAUGGAACUGAACUCCAAAUUGAAGUGUAACGAAGACAGGAAAACUCCAUUUAACAUUUCACAUUUUCACACUCACAUAACAUCUGAUCCAAACACAUUAGUAGUGACGUACCUCAACCUGCUUCCCGUCCAACAAAGUACAUAAAAACACUCUUACACGAACAUCAGUAGGAAUUGGUAAUAUAUCAGAAAAUAAUAAAACCACUAACCUCCUUCUUACAAUCAUCAGAGACAACAAUAAAAAACAUGACAAUAUGGUCAUAUCAAUUUCAACAGUAAAGAUUUUAACAUUGUUUAAUUCUGUACAAUCAAGCCAGGCAAACAUGAAAGGUUUCUAUG